AUGGCUGAAAUUGUUGAAAAUUGCUGUGCCACAGGGGCCUUGGCCCGUGCAUCUAGACAAGGAACCCCUGAUUCCGAUGAAGAUGAUGAAAUGCUUAAUAAAUUUUGGUCUCCUGGAGUUGGUGGGAGUAAUGCGACUGAAGCCAUUGCUGUUGACUUAUUCGGCGAUGAGUACAUGGAACCAUUGAAGGGCAAAAGUCACAAGAAGGGUCCUCUAAAUAGCCAGACUAACAGUGGCCGUUCAAAAAGGUCACAGUCAAGUGGCUUUGAUGAUGUCUGCGCAGCUUUCAAUACCUACAUACAGGCGAAAAAGAAACAGUCCCGUGCACGAUCAACAGAUAUAGAGGCUGUAAGUGCAGGUGGUGAUGACUAUUCCCUUGAUGCAUGUCAAGAUGCCCUACUAGAGCUUGGGGACAUACCACCGGUCCAGUACAUUAGAGAAUUGACACUAUUCAAAGACAGGGAGUGGGCAGAGGUUUUUUAUGCAUACUCAUGCGCAUAUGUGCCUAGCUAUGAUCCUAGCGUUGUAGUCAAGGGAGAAGUUCUGGCGAGAUGGAGAUGGGAUGGAAGCGCCCACGACAACGCAGUUUUAGUUGACUCAAUUACAAGAGCUGAUCUACAUUUCCCACACCCACCCCAUGGUAAGUAUUAUUUAGUGGAUGUCGGGUUCACGAAUCUACCUAGAUUUCUUGCCCCAUUUCGUUCCCAACAAUAUCACUUGCAAGAGUUUUGUGGCCGUCAUUAUUCUGGACCCAAGGAAUUGUUUAACCAUCGACGUUCAUCGUUACACAAUGUCAUAGAAAGAACAUUUGAUGUUCUGAAAAAGCGAUUUCCAAUAUUGCGGUCCAUGCCAAAUUACAAGCCCACACGACAAGGGCCUCUCGUGAUUGCAUGUUGUGUAGUGCACAAUUGGAUCCAUUUGUAUAUAGCUAUGGACCCAUUCUUCAUGGAAGCUGAUAAUGAAAUGGUGGCAAAAGCAGCAGCAGACAGGUUUGUUGGAGGCCAAGUUGACUACGUUGACAUGUCACAACACAAGUUGUUGUACCGAUCGAACUUGAGGGAUGCAAUUGCCACUGCUAUGUGGGAAAAUCAUGUUGGCCAUAGGUUGUGA